AGGAAUUGUUGACGGAGUUUCAAGACAUUCUCCCUGACGAUCUUCCGAACGAGCUACCUCCAUACCGCACACAUCAACAGGAGAUCGUGGAGGAACCGGGUUCGAAGCCGACCUUCCGAGCACCAUAUCGACUCAGCCCUACGGAGCUGACCGACAUGAAAAAACAGAUCGAGUAUCUCCUAGCCAAAGGACCAUCUACUUCGCCAUACGGUGCCCCAAUGCUCUUCACACCGAAACCGGACGGAAGCCUGCGCAUGUGCAUCGACUACCGAGCUCUUAACAAGCAAACCAUCAAGAAUAAAUAUCCGAUACCAUGAAUCGAUGACCUGCUUGACCAGC